AUGGAAGAGCCAUUUGAUCCGGACGCCACUCCGAAAGCCGAACAACCACCGUCAUCAACAGCGAAGUCAAUAAAGAAAUUAGCGCCUGAAACUCUUAAAGUUGUGCCACGUUCAGUAAAGCGAAAAGCUGCAGUCGAAUUGGAGACGCCAAGGUUGGCGGCUGGAAGCACAAAUGAGCAAUUGUUACCACCAGAGACCCCACUCGACUUCCCGAAUCCAUUCAUUGAGACGGAUACAGUGAGAAGACUACGUCAGGCAACCCUUCGAGUUCUCACAUAUGCUCUUCCCGCUUUGAAUACGAAAAUGAGACGACCUGGUAAAUCGGAUGAACCGAACCCUUAUCCGAAAGCGGCGAAGCGGCAAAUGAACCGAAUCUCG